AUGUUCGCAGUGUUCGCAAUACUAAUUUUGUUCAGUCUUUUGCAAGAAGUUCAGUCAGGAGUAGGUGUUGCUCUAACUCAAUGUAUACCUAACGCAGGUCCCGCUCGUCCUGUACCACCUCCAUCUGCUUGCAGAGACAAGGAUCCAACCGUGUGCACUGCUGUUUUUGCCCCAAAUGGUGCAGAUGCCGCAGAUAAUGCAGAUCCAACUAAAGAUUUCUUGGUUAAUGCGUAUUGUCUAAACGCAACUCUUAAAGCCAAUGCUGAAGAAAUUUGCCCGUCCUCCUGCGCAGUAUGCUGUUUGGCACCCGAAUUUAAGUGCGGCAAUGCUACAACGGGAGCAGCGGGAUCGUCGUCGUGCACGGACAUUCGAGCUAACUGCGCGCAAAUGUCAUCUUAUUGUAAUGUGCCGCCAUAUUCGACCGUUAUGAGCCAACAAUGCAGAAGAACUUGCCGCUUAUGCACGUAA